AUGCUGAUUAUCCACGAUCUCAAGACUCGACAAAUCACUAAACAAUACGCCCGAAACCGCAAGCUCAGCAAGUCCAAUUGCCGCGUCCGUCCCGGCGUUGUCGUCAUGAAGUUCGGCGAACAGCUCCGAUCGAGCGCCAUCCGCGAAUACCAAUGGUACUACAUCGAUUAUGACGGGCUCAAGGCCGACCUCAAGCAUCCCUCUGGCUCUGUGCAGCCCGUCGGCGACAACAGCACAAAGCCCAACAACAGGCAGCAAUCGCGCCGCGAAUGGACAGAAGACGAUGAAAGCCGCUUCAUCAGCAAGCUCGAGGCCGAGCUCGAAAAAGUGCACACAAAACAGCAGGUCAAGGCGAUGGAGAUCUCGCGUCGUAUCGCCGUCAGCGAGCGCGAGGUCCGCGAUGUGGUUAACCGCCUCAACGAGCGCGGAUUGAGCCAAGAUGGGCCCAGCGAGGAGGAGUUCAUGCUUCUCGAGGAGGACCUGAGCGACAUCAUUGCCGACGUCCACGAUCUCGCCAAGUUCGUGCAGCUCAAUUACACGGGAUUCUACAAGAUCAUCAAGAAGCAUGACAAAAUGACUGGAUGGCACCUCAAGCCCGUCUUCGAAACCCGCCUCAAGGCGAAACCAUUCUACAAAGAAAACUAUGAUGCCUCGGUUGUCAAGUUGUCCAAGCUGUACGACUUGGUUCGAACAAGAGGAAACCCCGUAAAGGGUGACAGCGCAGCCGGCGGAAGCCAGGCCAGUUUCAUUCGCAACACGACCAAAUACUGGGUGCAUCCCGACAAUGUCACAGAACUCAAAUUGAUCAUUCUAAAGCACUUGCCUGUUCUGGUUUUCAAUGCCAGCAAAGAGUUCGAAGCCGCCGAUUCAGCCAUCACAUCCAUCUACUAUGACAACCCCGACACGUGGGAGCUAUACGAGGGUCGUCUGAAGAAGACGGAAGGAGCCGAGGCGAUUCGAUUGCGUUGGUAUGGCGGUAUGCAGAACGAGACCAUCUUCGUUGAGCGCAAAACACACAGAGAAGACUGGACGGGUGAAAAAUCAGUCAAGGCCCGUUUCGCCAUCAAAGAGAAGAAUGUCAAUGCCUACAUGCGUGGCGAGCUGCUCCCUGCCGCUAUUUUCGAAAAGGCUCGCAAGGAAGGCAAGAAGUCGGAAAAGGCCAUUGCCGAAGACGAAAGAUUAGCCAAGGAGAUACAGUGGUCGGUCCUGAAGAAGGGCUACAAGCCAGUCUGCCGAUCCUUCUACCACCGUACCGCCUUCCAGCUGCCUGCCGACGCCCGAGUCCGUAUCUCGCUUGACACCGAGCUUACCAUGAUCAGAGAGGACAACUUGGAUGGUGUCACGCGCUCCGGUGAUAACUGGAGACGCAUGGACAUUGGUAUUGACUACCCAUUUUCACAGCUCCCACCCGGAGAUAUCGUGCGGUUUCCUUAUGCAGUCCUCGAGGUCAAGCUUCAAACACAGCACGGCCAAGAACCCCCCGAUUGGGUACGACAGCUGAUUUCCAGCCACUUGGUCGAAGCCGUACCCAAGUUCUCCAAGUUUAUCCACGGCACUGCCACCCUGUUCCCUGACAGGAUACACCUGCUGCCAUACUGGAUGCCCCAGAUGGAUGUCGACAUUCGGAAGCCAGCAAGCCAUGACUUUGGCAUCAAAAGAACAGAGCACUCGGCCACGACAUCGACGUCAGAUGACGAGGACGAGGAGGACUCUGAUGACGAGGGUGGAGUAUUGGGAGCCCAAAACGGGGAAUCUAUCAGACAGGGUGCUGCCGCUCGGAACGGCAGGGCCCUUCUGGCAGCAUCUGAUGUGGAAGACCAAACUGUCGACCGUCCUACCAAUGAUGACGUCUAUCUUUAUGACUCCGAUGACGAGGAUGAUGAAGACAGACUAGCGGAGGCGAGAAGGGUUGGUGGGUGGACAUAUUACCAGACUCUGGCUUCCACCACAGCACACACUGUCGGCCAUGCAGUGUGGACUGGUCUGAAAGCUAUUGUCCCACGCCCUCGGGCAACUACCGUACCUCGCAACGCAAGACUGGAGUCGCUUUUGGGUACCGGCGAGAUUCAACAAAAGAGAUUCAAGGCGCCCAAGGGGAAGAAGAUCUAUGUGCCCGUUCGCGUAGAACCCAAGGUGUACUUUGCGGCAGAGAGAACGUUCCUGGGUUGGCUUGAAUACUCGAUUUACAUUGGCACCAUCGCCGUGACCUUGCUCAACUUCAGUACCAAGCGCGGCGACAAGGCCUCAUUCAUCGCUGCCGGUGCCUUUACGUUCCUGGCAGUAAUGUCGCUCUGCUACGCCGUGGCCACCUAUCUCUAUCGCAGCAAAGCCAUCCGUACCCGCCAGGCGGCGAAAUACUACGACAAGGUGGGGCCUACGGUGCUAUGCGCUGCUUUGUUUGUUGCGGUUGCGUUGAAUUUCGGAUACGAAGGGACAAGUAGGUCAAUGUGGUGA